AUGGCGCGCGAGGAGGUGAAAGCGGACCUGCUUAAAUUCCUUUCGCUUCUGGUGACUUUUGUCUUUCUGGUAAGUUCUCCCUCCUUCCCUCGUCGUGGCCGCCGCGUGACCUCUGACCCGCGCGCAGGCGCUGAGCCCUCGUCGCCGUCCUUUCUUCCGGUACGUCGCGUCGCCUACUCUGUGUUAUCUCCGCUUUCACGUGCUCGUACGCGUUCAGAAUCGGAGGAGCUGCGGGUGCUGGGGGCGGGGCUUCUGUUCAUCGGCGCCCUGGGGACGGCGUCCGGCCUGCUGGCCUUUUUCGGAGCGCGCUGGGAAAAGAGAAUUCUCCUGCUGAUUUGCGCGUGCGGGCUGCUCUUCCUGCUAGUGUGCUGCAUCAGCCUUCUCCUACUUCUGCUGCUCAGCAAGGGCCAGAUCGAGGAGAAGGCGGACGCGGCCGUAGGUCGUAUGAUACUCGUCUACAUUGGCCACGGGCGACGAGAUGGCCUCCUGGAUGACCUCCAGCACCAAGCGGAGUGCUGCGGCCUGACGGGCCGGUCCGAUUGGCUGCGUAACGCCUUCGUCCAGACGCUCAACGUCACCGAUUUGCUUCCAUGUUCGUGUUUGCGCACGCUUCCGCGUGACUCGGAGACCGCGUGGUGCUCGUCGGACGGCGAGGUCGCGCAUGAGCAGGGGUGUGCCGAGCGGCUGUCCAGUUGGUUGCACGAGAACACGGUGACCGUGGUAGGACUGGACGUGGGCCUGAUGGUGGCGCAGGUCCUGCAGGCGACGCUGGCGCUGGAACUCCGGAGGACCAUCGGUCGCAGAGACGCUCGGAGAGCCGCCGACAAGAGGGAGGAGCAGGAGCGGCGAGGUGCCGACGCCGGCUCGGACGCAGACUGAAAUUGACGUGACGAGACUGAAAGUUCUAAGGGCGUUGACUGCCUACCCUUUCUCCCUGGAUUCUAGACAAGAGUCCAACUCCGUUUUACCGGGACUCUGACACUAUUCUACUUGGAUUCUACCAUGACUGGACUGUGACGAUCCAAGAAAUUUGUUUCUGUAUGUGCACUCCAUGUAAAAACAGUUGAUCUUGAAAGCAACUAUGGCAGCCGACGACUUAAAUCACCUCUAGGAAAUCCAUUUUUAUUAUCAUUUAAACAAAAUAAAGUGAAAUUCUUU